CUUCAACUUAUAUUUGAGGGUACAAUUUCAUUUCAACAGGCAAGCAGAAUUUGCCAUUUAGAUAUUACCGGCGGGAGAAACUGCAGAAGCAGAAAAAUAAACACAUCUCAAAGAUUAGCUAAUUACACGACAUUAAGCGAUAUUAGGUCACUCCAAAGAGUGUCAAGUUGUACAUUGCAAUAAUGGAAAGGCCAAAGAUACAGAGGAGCAAAUCGGUAAACUCACAGGAAGAUUCUGACGACGAACAAUUGAGUAUCAAUUCUCAAAUGAAAAUUGAUCAAAUUGGCUCAAAAGUAAAAACACCAAACUUUGUAUAUUUACUAACAUUUUUCAGUGCAUUAGGCGGAUUCUUAUUUGGUUAUGACACUGGGAUCAUUUCGGGCGCUAUAUUACUCCUUCGCGAGGAGUUCUUACUUACGUCUGUAUGGCAGGAACUUGUGGUCAGUGUAACAAUCGGAUCGGCAGCGGUCUUUGCCGUAUUAGGAGGGUACCUGAACAGUUCACUUGGACGUAAACCAAUCAUAUUAAUCUCGAGUGUUAUGUUUAUAUUGGGGUCUGUUAUCAUGGCUGCUGCGACUGACAAGUACUUGUUAUUGACGGGGAGAAUUGUUGUUGGGGCUGGAAUAGGUUUUACAUCAACAACAGUCCCCAUGUAUGUCGCAGAAGUGUCUCCAGCUUCUAUUAGAGGGCGCUUGGUAUCAAGUAAUGUAGUGUUAAUUGCUGGGGGUCAGUUUGCAGCCAAUGUAGUUGCAGGAAUCUUCAGUUUCGACAAACAGAAUGGUUGGAGAUACAUGUUAGGACUAGCUGGGAUUCCAGCUGCAGUACAACUCGUGAGUUUCUUCUUCAUGCCUGAGAGUCCUCAAUGGUUGAUAAGUCGCGGAAAUGAGGAACGGGCACGUCAUAUUUUACAGCGUAUACGUGGCACAUUUGAGAUAGAUGAUGAGUUUGAUAGCAUUAAAGGCAGUGUGGUGGAUGCAGACAAGGAGAGACAGGAUAGAAGUCAUGCCCCAAUUAUCAUCCAGAUGUUAAGAACACCUUCAGUACGAAGAGCUCUGAUUGUUGGCUGUACUCUACAAGCUGUUCAACAGUUCGCUGGCAUCAACACUGUCAUGUAUUACAGCGCUACAAUAAUAAAAAUGUCUGGAGUGAGAGAUGACAAGGUUGCCAUCUGGUUGUCAUCAGUCACAGCCGCAGUGAAUUUCAUCUUUACAUUCAUUGGUUUAUAUUUAGUUGAAAAGAUAGGCAGGCGCCAUCUCACACUGGGAAGUUUAUGUGGUGCAGUGGUCAGUCUAAUAUGGCUUGCAAUGGGGUUCCAGAUGGCUGCUGCCAAUUCACCAAAGAUAGAUAUAGUAGAGAAAAUAUCCUCACCAUGCACACAAUAUAGCACCUGUAAUUCCUGUAUGCAGUCACUGGACUGUGGCUAUUGCUAUAUUGACCAGCUAGAUGGACCAGCAAAUGGUUCAUGCCUACCCAGGGGUUUCGAGAACCCUCUUACAGCAUCAGUGGGGAGGUGUAACCAUAUGAGCAUGAAGCCUAACAUGAGUUGGGCCUAUGACUACUGCCCCACUGACUAUGCUUGGAUGUGUGUAUUAGCUCUGGCCCUGUAUCUCAUCUUCUUUGCUCCAGGUAUGGGUCCUAUGCCAUGGACCAUCAACUCUGAGAUUUACCCACUAUGGGCCAGGAGUACAGGGGUA